AUGGAUUAUACAGCAAAUAGAAUGCGAGAGCUGUACAAGGAAACAAUUGCCGUGCCAGUUUUAUCGCCAACUUAUCAAUCCAACCAGAUAUUCACACCGCUACAAUCACCGCAAAGAGAAACUGUAUCUGAAUCACAAUAUCGAACUUACUACGAGAAAUGGGGACGAGCGACUAAAACCCCGUGGGGAAGACAUCACAGCUACGCUGGAAUUGGACCGUUAUUUCUACCACCAGGACAUAGACCAAAGGAAGAGCCACCAACUAGAGUAGAAAAGGGUCAUAAGCAUUAUGGUAGCGGAAUUAUACCUUUCCCAACCCUUUACGAGGAUUCAGAAAAAUUUAUGUUGUUUCUAAUGAUUUACGAUAGCACACCUGUUCAGCAGAAUUACUGUCGCACAGGAUCUCAACUAAGUCGCUUAAGGAAAACAGAUGAACUAGUUCCUAAACCGCUGACAGCAGACUUAGUUAAUAUUCAGGUUAAGCAUCCCUUACCCCGAGAACAUCCAUAUGCUUCGCAUAUUUCCAAACUAUCAAUAUUUCCUUCUCCGGUUUCUCCUGAUGAGGCCAAUGGACGCUUAGCUGUAGCAUCGACACCUUAUGGUGGACCCCCUCCGGUACCCUCAACCAUUGCUACCCAACCAUCAGAGCAAAUCAUACGUGGUAAAACUAAAGGAUCACCUUGGCGACACGAAAUAGUACAAAAUGGAGAGCAUCCACUUCAUAGAAAAGCAUUAACUUGGCAUGGAGAAAGUGUUUAUCAAAUUUAUAGUGGCCCAAAUACACCUGUCCGUCAGCAAAUUUACCCUGCACCACCCAAGUCUAUUGCACCUAAUCCUCGACCUCGAGAUGGUAAUCUAGCAAUCUCUCCUCGAACUGCUGAUACUCUUAUUGAUGUUCGCAAAUCGCUUAUGACUACGACGUAUCAAAGCAAAUAUAGUAGUCACGUACCAAAUGUUUUAAAAAUUCAUCGGAAGGGUGAUGUGACAACAGAGACUGCAAAUCGAAUGAAGAAGAACCGAGGCCAACUUUUCAUAGGAAAUUUCUAUUCUGAAGUUUACGUGUCAGAUAAUGAAGAUGAGGAUGCUAAUAAGACUGAUGAUGAUAUGUCGCAAGCAGCGUCUCCAGUGUCGACCGGUAACAAGAACAGCUCCAUUUGCAAAGAUCAAGGUAAUAGCAGAGAAGUCAAGUUGGAAAAUGAUGAUGAUAAUGGUGAUGAAUAUAAACGAUCUCCAAAAGUAGUAAAAAUCUCAGAUAAGGUAACCAUAGUCAAUGAAGAUAACUCCAGCAAAACAGCGAUUAUAAACAGUAGUAAUACAGUACAAAAGUCCCCGGAUAUCUUAUCUCAUUUACGAGAAAGGCCAACCGCUGAUGAUUCAAGGCCUGGCUUCAGUAAGUCUGAUAUGCACAGAAGAUUUAAUCAGACUUAUUCUGAAAUAUCGCCUGAUUUGCGUGAAAAUUCAAGAUCUGGUAAACGGCAAAUUAUACAUGGCUGUCCAACAUACUAUUUUCAUUGA